AUGCGAUCUUUCCCCGGACAGGGCAUUCGCAGGCCAGCGAGGCUGACGGGUCACUGCGUAAAGUCCGUAAGGAAGAAAGAUGGGGAGUCCAUUCCUUCCGUGCCGCAGGUCAGCGUUAGGGUUAGGUACCGGUGGCCAGUACCGUAUCUGCUGUGGAUCCACCGGCCCGGCGGCAACUCGAGUUAUCUUUUCGACCCUUUCUUCCCGAGUUAUGCCUCCCCGACGGACCCUACCAAUGGGCUUCCCGAGUUGGAGACGACCCGAGGAUUCACUCCGGACGACGGCAGCAGCUCCACGCCGCGGACGGAAGGCGGUGAGCGUCAGUGGCUGGAACUGCCGGACGUGGUCUCCUUAUUUGGAGACGAUGUCUGGGGCCAAGGAGACAAGGAUCAAGUUGCCCCGGACGGCCUCACGGGACCCGAAUCCGUGCCGUUGACUGGUGCCGAAUGGGCCUGGAAGGACGCAGCCUUCCAGCUGAGCGACCACGGACAGGCCAGCCUAAACAGCCCUCAUCCGCCCCCCUUUGAGGCAGCAGACAACGGUGCCACCGACUCCGAGAGUUGUCCCCUCACCAGGCUUGGAACGGACAGGUCUGCUUCUCUCGAUGCUCCGCCGGCUCGCUCACCAGGGCCUCAGCAAUGCGGAGAUGACUCCGCCGGCUCCAACAUUGGUCUUCCGGACCAUCAGCCGGGCGGUCCAGUGUGUGGGUCGAGCAGCAACGGAGACGAAGCGACCUGCUUGGAUGGAGAUGAGCUGGAUAGUGCACGGACAAGAGAAGAGCAGCUCAGGGUCUAUGGGCGUCAGAGCUACGUCAGAUAG